UUAGCAAAUCACGGAAACAAGACCUAUGGUACGAGGAAGAAAACGAGUUACAAUAUCGUGUAACAGGUAUACAACAAAGAAAACAAAAAGAAAUACAUAUAUAAGUAUAUAAGAAAAAAGACAUACGAAGGAAGUUAAAUUAUAACACAUUAGGUUUUGAACAAUUGCAACACUGAUCAUCUUAACUAAUCAUGUAUGCAGUAAGAUCCAGAGAAGAGAUCUGCUUGUUGCUAUUUGCAUAAUUGCAUAUUCUGGUGACGAAAUCACUAAAUCCAGGAUCACUCGAGAAGUGAAUCUGAAAGACCCAGAGUAUUGUGUAAAGAACGUGAGCAAGCAUCGAAAUUAAUAAGUUAAAGUAACAGAGGAUUGACAAUGUCAUUAUUGACGAUUUUAAAUAAAAAGAAAUUAUGAAAUUUUAUCAGAUAUAUAUUACGUAUCUCUGAUUAAAAUUUCAGAGACUUUUUCAAAAAACAUAAUGCAUAGAAGCAUAUACAACUCACAGCAAGCGGAAAUCUCAAUCUUUUACAUUUCCUUCCACUUUCGACUAUGUUUGACUACGAUGAAGUUAAUCUACCGUUACGACAAAGGAUUACCGUCAACAAUAUUUUCAAACAUAUUUAAUACAUAUCUAUGUACAUUCAUUUGUGUCGAAUUUCUUCUGCUUUCACUUGUUAUCCAUUUGCUAGUAAAUGAUUUCAUAUCUAUUUUGUACGUCGAUAGUGUAUGUAGCUUGGUGUUAUGUUACCGAUGGUCGAUAACAACGAUGUUCAGAGGAUAACAAUAAUCUUGUAGUUGCAUGGAAUAAAUACAUGCCUCGCAAAUGCAACGCGAGCGUCUCUGGCAUCGUUGCAUCGGUGAUGCACGUCUUCGUCGCGCUCCCUCAAAAGUAACGAUCCAAUGAGAAGCGUGUAAACAAUGGUUGGAAAGCUUAGGAUUGGCUGCGUUGUCGCCAAGUCGAGUCAGAGGAACCAAUCAGGUAGAACGAAUCUCGAUCCAAGGGAAAAUGCAUCGGUCGUCCUUUACCCCCACCAGUGACGGCGGCACGUCUCAUAUUCAGUAGACUCGGCCAUUUCUAUCGUGAAGCGUAGCUACUCGCUCGGCCGCGACAUUUUUUCUGUAAAAUCGUGCGGGUAUUCCCGUAAGCUUUGCAAAAUAACGCGACGCAAAAGGAUGAUACACUCCGGGCGCACCAGGCUCGAGAAAAAAGUAAGUCGCGUGGGCGUGGGAGGAGGGGGCCAGGUCGGGCAAGGGGUACAAGCGGUUGAGGAUUCCGGUGCAAGCGGUCAAUGGUGGAGGCAACAGCAUCCAUCGUAUCACCAUCAUCAUCAUCAUCACCAACAUCAUCACCAUUACCAUCAUCAGGCCGGUUAUUAUACGUCGCAAUCGCACACUCACAACAACCCUGUAACGACCAUGAAGCAGUCUUACAUGCAGCUAACAUGGGUGUUUCAUGACGACGAGGCGCAGAUUAAUAAGAAACUGCCAAAAGAAUUGCUGCUUAGAAUUCUUUCGUAUCUCGACGUGGUAUCGCUAUGCCGGUGCGCGCAAGUAAGCAAAGCCUGGAACGUGUUGGCGCUCGACGGAUCCAAUUGGCAAAGAAUCGAUCUCUUCGAUUUCCAACGAGACGUGGAGGGACCAGUUAUAGAAAAUAUAUCGAGACGAUGCGGAGGUUUCCUAAAGCAGCUGUCUCUCAGGGGAUGCCAGAGCAUCGGCAACAAUUCGAUGCGCACGUUGGCUCAGUCCUGCACCAAUAUCGAGGAACUGAAUCUUAGCCAAUGUAAAAAGAUCUCGGACACUACCUGCGCCGCCCUAAGCAGCCACUGUUCGAAACUUCAACGACUAAACUUGGACUCGUGUCCCGAGAUAACGGACAUAUCCCUGAAGGAUCUCUCGAAUGGUUGUCCGCUUCUCACUCACAUCAAUCUGUCCUGGUGUGAGUUACUUACCGACAAGGGAGUCGAAGCGUUGGCGAGAGGUUGUCCAGAACUCCGUAGCUUUCUAUGCAAAGGCUGCCGACAGUUAACAGACAGGGCUGUCAAAUGUCUCGCCCGCUACUGCCACAAUUUGGAAGCGAUCAAUUUGCACGAAUGCAGGAAUAUAACGGAUGACGCAGUCAGAGAACUCAGUGAACGAUGUCCACGAUUACAUUAUGUUUGCCUGUCGAAUUGUCCUAAUUUAACGGACGCGUCUUUGGUCACGCUGGCGGAACACUGUCCACUCCUUAGCGUGCUCGAAUGCGUGGCUUGCACUCAUUUCACCGACACGGGCUUUCAAGCUCUCGCCAAAAAUUGCAGAUUACUAGAGAAGAUGGACCUGGAAGAGUGCGUUUUAAUAACAGACAUCACCCUCGUUCACCUGGCCAUGGGCUGUCCAGGGUUGGAGAAACUGAGUUUGUCUCACUGUGAAUUGAUCACCGACGAUGGCAUCCGACAGUUGGCCAUUUCGCCGUGCGCAGCGGAACAUCUGGCGGUGUUGGAAUUGGACAAUUGUCCCCUCAUCACAGAUGCUAGCCUCGAUCAUCUUCUACAGGCCUGCCACAAUCUCAAGCGCAUCGAGCUUUAUGACUGUCAACUGAUCACCAGAGCUGGCAUACGUAGACUCAGAGUACCGUAUCAUACGUUCCUAAUUUCAUCCUCGAAAAUAAUAUUUCGCUUAUGGAGUGUUGAACGUCCUUCGACUCGAUAUCGAUAAAAUGUCGUAUAAUCAAGGAUUAUCUUCAAACUGGCACAUUUGCCCAACAUUAAAGUCCACGCGUACUUCGCUCCAGUGACACCGCCGCCGAGCGCGGGAGCGUCACGGCAGCGAUACUGCCGAUGCUGCGUCAUUCUGUGAUUUCGCAUAAAAAUGACUCUGAUGCAAAUCGUCCGAUGUACCACGCUACCGGUGGACUUGUAACUUCGAUGAUCGCCGAUACACGGCGAUCGUGGGACCUUCUCUCUUCCGGUUGCCAGACCGAGACUCUGGUUGCCAUUCGUCAACAGUGAGAACAAGCCUCGUCGGGAAUGAAAUCGCGAUUCCUUCGACAGAUAUACCAAUUCGACUCGCAACACACGCAACAAGUACAAAAGGACAGUACGUCACCGUCACCUAACUGACACACACACACACACACACACACACACACACACACACACACACACACACACACACACACACACACACACACACACAAAACCACACACACACACACACAAAACCACACACACACACACACACACACACACACACACACACACACACACAACCACCAGCUGCUGCUGCAAUUGUUACUAAUGUGUCGCUGCUACUACCGCUCACUAUAAAACUGUUUCUAUCACCGCUGUUCGACACUGUACAACGGUGUACAAUGAUAUCGUUUCUACUGGAACUCUAUUGAGUUUCGAUAGUACGUGCUUUGCUAAUAAUCGCCGUCGUUUCAUCACGUGCGUAAGACCAUUCAGCGAAGGAGAGGAACAGAUAUUCUUGGAUUUUGUUGGCGGUCGUUUCGUUCCCGGAUUUCACACUUGUAGAGCAUAGAUUUUUCGAGAAAGUAAGAAACGAACAAAACAGAAAAAAAGAAAAAAGAAAGGAAACGGGACGACAAAGGACAAAGACGUUAAUAACAUUGUGGACGACGAAGAGGACGAUGACGACGCGUGCGAUAGAGCGGGCAAUCUUUUUAUCCAAGCGACACGGUCCGCUCCUAUACGGGCAAACGCGAUCGUACGUAUCGAUCGAGAGCCUGAAAUUUUCGCGGUCGGAUGUUCCACGUGAAACAAAACGAUAAGCAUAUAUACAUACGUAUAUGUAUUAUAUACAUACAUAUAUACAUAUAUACAUAUAUUUUUUUAGUACGACGCAUUCUCUCUUCUGCUAAACGUUAAUCGUCAAAGAAAAAUGUACGCGCAAUCCGUUUCGUGUGGUAACGGUAUACAGCAUGCGUCCAGUGAUCUUUUCUCGAACUCGAAAAGGGGAACGAAAAGAAAAAGGAAUGAUACGAAGGAGGGAAUGGAAAACGACGUCGCGUUAAAACGUGUUUCAAGCUGCGUAUAAAAGCCGUGCUAUUAUUCUAGACAUUCAAUUUCUAUCGAAGAUUCGUAUCUUUGUGUGUGCGUGUGUGUAUGUGUGCGUGCUGCGUGCGCGUGUGUAUGUGAGCGCACGCUUUCGUACGUGCAUGUGUAUGCGUGUGUGCGUGUUGCUGUAGCAGUUUCUCAAACGAACACUGCCUAUUAUAAAGUUAUUGAUAAAGAAAAAGAAGAAAAAGAAAAAAAGAAAAGAACACAAAGUAAACUCGACGAAGAAAAAAAAUGGUUUAAAAAAGAGAAAAAAAUAGAAAAGACACGAAACUACCAAAAAACAGAGAGAGACAGAGAGAAAAGAGAAGAAGACACGCGAGAAUCGUAGAGAUGAUCGCGGGUUGUUUGAAUCUCACCGCGAAACCAUAGAUCGACCCGUGUACCGUCGUUCGUUUUAAACUAAAUAUAUACACAUUGUUCGUGAAAACGGACGAUACGUGUUUCUGUCUACCAAAACCGAAAUUCUCGAUCUCGCACACGCGACUGGUAACUGCGACACCUACGAAUUUCUUUCUUUUCCUUUUAAUGAGACCGGCGUGCACAUCGCGAGAUUUAACACACCUAACGAGAACGGAAACGUGAAACUUAGAUGAAUCCGGCACGGUUGUUGACUUCGCUUCUUCUUAGGGAAGAACCGAAGAGAAAACGACAAGAAAGAAAAGGAAGAAGAAGACAGGAGGGAAAGAAAGACAAAGAUGCGAUGGUCUGUCGUGUUCGAAGCUCCCAUCUAAUUACUGUUGGCGUCCGUUGGUAGCACGUUUAUGAUACAUUUUACAAGAACUCGCAGACGAACGGCUAAAUACACGGACAACUGGUUCUGUUCGCGAGUCGCGCUUAUUGAGUCUCUAAUGUACUAUGUUCCACCUCCUAACGACCCAAACAUUCAUAUAUACAGCUUUUUAUUUUCUUUUUUUUCAUCUCCUUUCGUUUUAUUAUUAUUUUGUUCGUAUUUUAAUUCGUCAUGGACUAGGAGAGCACAGACUGAGAAAACGAAUCAAAACGUUGAUACGUUGAAUAACCCGAUUCACUUGGGCCCAGCGAUCGACUCGCUGGCGGAUUCUUACUUUUUAAGCUUAGUUUUAUGGUAUGGUGGCAGUACGAGUACCGUGGACGUAUUACGCACGUUCCCGUGACCAUACGUCGUGGACGUGCCAGUACUAAGAAAUUCGUUUGCUUCGCGAUCUUCGAAUCGUGAGUACAUAUAGCUAUAUAACAUAUGAAGAAAGAACGAGAAAGAGUCGGACUAAUUCGGAAUAAAACAAAAUAGGAAUAUAAAAAGAGGACAGAAUAGAACGGUACACGAAACAAAGAUGUAUUUGUUCCCGUUCGUUGGAAAAAAAAAAAAAAAGAAGAGGAAGAAAGAUCGAGAUUAACAUUUGAUAGGAUAUUUGUCGUUUGGAAGUAUGAGGUUCAGGAUGGCAAAGCGUAUACAUAAUAACAAUUAACUGGCGAAGAAAAUUUUGAUCACGUCUUCGUGUCGCGUGAGUAAUAGAACAAAGAAGAGGAAAGGAGCUUUUUUCGAUUAUGAGAAAGUUCUCAUGACGGAACAUUCAACUUUUAAUUCCAACAGCUGGAAACAACGCGGAAACGACAGUCAAACGUUCGUAUUUUUCUCGCAUUGGUAGCCAGGAUGUCUGAUUGCUAUGACGAUGAAGGUUUUCGCGUUGCCUGAAUUGGCGGAAUGUUCGAUUAUUGAGACAAAACGAACUUAUAUGAAAAGGAACAAGUACGAUGGUCCAUCCCAAAAUAUACAAUAGAAUCGCCACGUGACGCACUCUAUUUUUCUUCUUCCCGUUGUUUCGACGAAUUUCGAGGAGCCAGCCAUGUACGUGAAUCGCGUGUCGUUGCGUCGAAUAAAAGAAUCGUAUAGAUGAUUGUUAAUCCUUGUUAGCGCGUAAGAACGUACACCGCAUAUAUAUUUAAUAUAUAGCGUGUAAACAGAAUACCGGAUGAAGGAACUAUAUAUAUAUAUAUAUAUAUAUAUAUAAAUGCAAAUAUACAAGAGGUAUAUAUAUAUAUAUUAACAAAAAAGGGAAAAAAUUCAGUAAAAAAAUAAAUAUAUAGAUAUGAUAUGUUUUAUACGCUGCAUGUCAUCCUUAGUGAGAAAUAACGUGAUCAUCGUAAUGUGUCGUUCGGAAUCGAAUCAUUAAUUUUUUUCUUCUUUUUUUCUUUUUUCUUUUUUUUUAGCGAUUAAACGAUGCACGAAGGGGAAUCAGCAGGAUAGGCGUCAACGCGAAAGGACGAACAAACAAUAACACCACUCUAUAUCCAUCACUCGUGAAACUUUCUCCGACCUCUCGCGGGUCUCGUUGAAGGAAUCUGUUGCGUUGUUUCGUCCACGAACUUAGUUGAAAUUUUCCGCAUAUUCGAUUAAUCGUGAAAAAAUAACACGCGAACGUACGCACGACUGUCGCCUGGCGCCUCGUUCGAUCGAGUUCGGCUCAAAAUAUGAAGUCAAUCGCAGUGCCUGAACCGCCGCAAAACUUGUAAAUUAUAUAAUCACGUAGUCGAAAUUCCACGAAGAAUUACUGUGUGGCGGAGGAUGUACAAGAUUUAAAAACUAAUAAUAAUGAAACGAAACAAAAGACUCUCAUAUGUGCCAGCCACUAAGAAUUUUCGAGGGUCUCUCUCUUUCUCUCUCUCUCUCUUUGGCUGAAACGAAACUCGUCGAGCGCCCGACAGCCGUGCACCCACGCGCAAUUAUUUAACGAUGGACAUUCGGUGUAUCAACGAUUUUGAUACACCUGAAAUCUCUUUUAGUAUCGAAAAAUUAAAUACUUGGAGCAAACUCGAAGAAACCACGAAAGAUCGAAAUAUUUUCUUUUAUGAAAUUCUUGGCAUAGCGAUAUCGUGAUCCGUGUAAAUAGUCAAAGUUAGCCGGAAACUUGUAUAUUUUGAAUACCGUUCGAAGCGUUAAGUAUUUCUCAACGUUUCCCGUGAAACAAUUCCCGUGCUGCAAUUUUCGAAACUUAGAAUCGAAAAGAACCGCCAGAUCUCAAGAACGUCGAAUACGUUUUAACCUUCUUUCUCCGUGUUAUACGAUAUUAUACAUUAUACAGGCGAACGUUUAUGCAUUUUUACGAUGUUACAGGUAGAAAACCUAGUCUCGAUACGAUGAGGCUAUUAAAUUAUUCGCAUCGGUUAACCCGUUACACGGCAUUUAAUAAGAUUGUAAAUUAUACGUACGGCUGGUUCGAUUUGGCGUAGAAAACGGGGAAAAACAUUUGAAUGUCCAUCGCUGUUGCACGAUUUCUUAAUAUAUAUUCCUUCAACGUAUUGAAAACCAGUUCAAAAUCGUCCGUGGCAAAGGAAAAAGAGAAAGUCAAACGGAUAGAACUAUCGAGAGGAAAAUGUAUAGUUUCUUAGUCAUUGUAAACGCUCGUGGAAACGUUAUUUUUAGUAAACGAUGGGUUGGUGAUCGAUGAUCAAGACUCGGUGACUUGAUGAUCGAUUACGAACGAUUCGCGACUCUAUGAAAUGAACGAAUCGUUAGUACAACAAAUUGCAUGUUGAAUAUAAUAGAAUCGAGUCCCGUUACGUGGAAACAUUACGAGACGUAAGAGCCUGUCGGGAAUCCUGUUGGUCGUGCAUUAGGAAAUCGUGGUCGAUUUUCGAAAGCGAUGUACGUUGGUAUUCAUUCGCGUUUGAAAUCGAAGAUUAUCGUAAUAAACGAACGAAACAUUGAAAAGAAGAAACAAAAGGGAACACGAAGAAGAGGAAGGGAAAAAGAAUUGUUCACCGAUGGCAGUGUGUAGUCUAUUGGUAUAAUAGUACACAAUAUGUCGCCGUAAGAAAGAGAUCGUGUUGUAACGACGGUUGAAAAGAGUGGUGCGAAAGAGAGAAACGAACAGGAAGAGGGAAGAGGAGGGGUGAAAAGAAGAUAAAACGAAGCUUUUGAAGGCGAGUGAUCGAGCAAGUGUUUGGCUGUGCUGUAGAAUAGGAAAGAAACGUGAGAUUCGAGAGAAAGAAUGAGAGAAAGAGAGGGUGUGAACGAGAGAGAUAAAGAAUUCAGAUGUUAAUCGAAGCCAGCGAAAGUAUCAAAUACUAUAGUACUAUAGCACUAUGUAUAUAUACAUACAUAUAUGUAUAUAUAUAUAUAUGGGUAUAUAUAUAGUAGUAUAGUACUAUAUAUAAAACAAAAAAGAAACUCGAUCACGAUCGAGAUCCAUUCGGUUCACGGUUGAAAAAACAAAUUCUUAAAGAUAAGAGCGUAACGUAUUUAAUGGUCUACACGUGUCGGCCUAUACGUGCCUCCUAAAGUCACGACGAUCUCUGCCUUUAAUCAAGGAGAAAAGUAAGGGAACGUCGCGAUAGCGUAUCGAAAAAAAAAAAAAGAA